CAACUCAAAGCUGCACUCGCUGCUUCUUUGACUCAAAACGAUUGGUCAACCAAACUUCCACUAGUAUUACUUGGUAUACGAGCUACUAUAAAGAAAGAUAUUGGCUGCUGUGUUUCCGAACUAGUCUAUGGAACAACAUUACGAUUACCAGGAGAAUUUUUCACCCCGGGUAACCAAGUUCCACACGAUAUGACUGGUUACGUGCACCAGCUAAAACGACACAUGAACGAGCUAAAGAUAUCACUUCCACGUCAGCAGGAACGAGCGUCAUACAUCCCGUCACAACUGACAGACUGCACCCACGUCUUCGUCAGGAGAGAAGGUGUACAACGACCACUUCAACCCGCUUAUGAUGGCCCAUUCAAAGUUCUAAACAGAAACGCGAAAGUUAUCACGAUAGAAAGAUUGAAUAAAACAGAAGCCAUCAGUAUCGACAGAGUCAAACCAGCGUUCCUCGACGAUUUCGAAGUCAACGAUAAGAACCAGCUGAACGACGUGCCAACACCUACAUCCACACAAGCUUCAACGUCGACAGAGAAGCCUGCGAAAACAACACGAUCUGGUAGACGAGUCCAUUGGCCUAAACGUUACGUGCAAGUCAUCGAAAUAUAAC